GUACGAUCUGAAGGAAUUCCAAAACCGGACGCAGCCCGACCAGGGGUUGGUGCUGCUGCUAGACGGGAAGCAGACCUGCGGGAUGUUUCCGAAGCAAAAAUCCGGUGCGUAUCUGAACACGACCGAGCAGAUGACGUUAUGGGAUUCUCAAAUGUUACAUUCUCAACUGUUACAAAAUCAUUUCUCAUGCAAAAUUACAAUCAGAAUCGAUACGAUCAAGCUGCUUUGCAUGACACAUCGAAAUUCUCGAAGAGCCAUACAGGCUGCUGAUCUGUGCCAAAUCUGUGAUGCAAGACGCACAAGGUCUUUCACUUUUCCUUUUGCCAUUGUUGCAUCGCAAAGCCAUUUAAUAGUUUGUGGCUCUGGUGGGUUUAGCAUCACAAAUUGAAAUUCGUUUGACAGUUGAGAAUGCAACAGUUGAGACGGGGAUAGAUGUUCGGACAGUCCCCUUUGCUUGUCGGCCCGUCGAAGUGUGCGCAGUGGGACUACCAGGGCUUGGGGUACGAUACAGUGGACGACAAGCAGCAACUUGUUGCCGGGGGGAUCUACACGAUUUGUAACUGUGUACCUGACGCCACAAACGACUGCAGCGAGGUGACCGAUUUCAAAAAGGAGCGGGG